GAUGAAGGUAAACUAAUCCUAGACACUGCUUUCCACAUUGCUGAAGAACCACAGGACAAGGAAGGUUUUAUUUUCCAUCUGCGAGGGAACUUCCUCUGGCAAGCUGUCGAACAAUAUAUUCUUUUCCCAUGGAUAAAAUUUUCACAUUGCCUCAAGACGUCUGGGAGCUGUUGCACCGCCUGAGAAUGAAGAGCAAGUACGCCAUUCUUCUGGUCUUUGUGGUAGCCCUUGUCAUAAUUGAGAAGGAGAACAACAUCAUCUCAAGGGUUUCAGACAGACUAAAGCAGUCUCCACAGUCCCUGCCAGAAGCCAACAGCACUGAUUCUGGAUUGGUGCAGGCAGAGAAUGGCUCCCUCCUGUCCCUCAGUGCUCUGGAUUUGGCCUUCUCCCAACUUAAGCACCGGCUGCAGAACAUCACUUUGCAGCUUGGUGGCACUCUGCUGGCCCCCACUCCAAGGGCACGAAAACAUGUUCUCUUAAUGGCGACCACCCGUACCGGCUCCUCCUUUGUAGGGGAAUUCUUCAACCAGCAGGGCAAUAUCUUCUACCUCUUUGAGCCACUGUGGCACAUAGAAAGGACGGUGUCCUUCGAAUCCGGUGGUGCUAAUGCUGUAGGAUCAGCCCUUGUCUACCGAGAUGUUCUGAAGCAGCUCUUCCUCUGUGACCUUUACAUUUUGGAAAACUUCAUCAUCCCUUUCCCAGAGGAUCACCUGACUCAGUUUUUGUUUCGGCGUGGUUCAAGUCGCUCGUUGUGCGAGGAGCCUGUUUGCACCCCGUUCAUCAAGAAGGUCUUUGAGAAGUACCACUGCAAGAACCGCCACUGUGGCCCCCUGAAUGUGACCCUGGCAGUGGAGGCCUGCCUGCAGAAAGAACAUAUGGCACUUAAGGCAGUUCGGAUUCGACAACUGGAGUUUUUGCGUCCAUUGGUUGAAGAUCCCCGCCUGGACUUGAGGAUAAUUCAGUUGGUGCGGGAUCCUCGGGCGGUGCUGGCCUCUCGCAUGGUGGCUUUCUCAGGUAAGUAUGAAACCUGGAAGAAAUGGGCUAAUGAAGGUGCAGCAACUCUUAAUGAGGAUGAGGUCCAGAGAUUGCGGGGCAACUGUGAAAGCAUCCGGCUCUCAGCUGAACUUGGUUUAAGGCAGCCAGCAUGGCUCCGGGGUCGCUACAUGCUAGUCCGCUAUGAGGACAUCGCCAAGUCACCCCUCCAGAAAGCCAAGGAAAUGUAUAAAUUCACUGGCAUCACUCUCACCACACAGGUGGAGGACUGGAUCCGGAAAAAUACGCAGGCCCCCCAAGAUAGCAAUGGCAUCUACUCCACCCAGAAAAACUCGUCCGAACAGUUUGAGAAGUGGCGAUUUAGCAUCCCUUUCAAACUCGCCCAGGUGGUGCAGAAUGUCUGCACUCCAGCCAUGAACCUGUUUGGAUACAAGCUGGCCAACAGUGCUGAGACUCUUACAAACAGAUCCAUCAGCUUGCUAGAAGAGAGGAGGAACUUCUGGAUCACGUAAAGUUUGCCUUCAUUGGUGGAUUUUUCCAAUCAUAGCAUUCUGUGAGUUGAGAAAGAGAGAAUGCAAAUAUAUAUAUAUUAUUGAGGAAGGCACACAUGGGCAGGAAGGGUUGGGUGAGAAGCCGUCUUUGGCUGUUUUGCUUCGGCUUGUCUUGACUGUUCAGGCAAGGUGCUUUGGGCUUUUUCUGGAAGCAGGCAUCACUUGCUGACUUCCAGGUGGAUUAUAAGGUGACCACAAGCAUUGACAUGAAGAAGCAUUCUGAAGCUGACACAGAGUAGAGGAUUAAACUCUGUGUUCCUGUUUCCCUACCUUGUGUCCACAUCCUUCUUGUUGGAGAUGUUGUUUGUCAUCAUCAUCAAACAUCCAAAGAGAGGGAAUGUUUUAUAUUUAAAAUAAAUUUAACACUUGGAAGAAAAACAUGGGUUUCUCAGCUUGCAGAGAAGAUGUGAGAGAAGCAGAGUGUUGCACUGAUCUUGUCUAA